CACUCGGUACGGUCUCUCAACAUGGGCGUUUAAUAAAAGCGCAGCGCGUGUGCAUCUUAAGUCCGGAUGAAUGCAUAUUUCCGCUACUUAAGGUUUCACCGAAAGAAAUGAUGUCUCUCCCCAUUCUUGACUUCUACCAUCAUGAACAAAGUACUUGAGAAUGAGCUCUGAAGAAGUUAAUGUAUGGCCUAGUGUGGUACUGACUGGACAUGAUAGUUCAAAGCAGGGCAAAUCAGUCUACAUCGAACCACCACAACCUAAACAGGCAACACCCUUAACCCGAAUCGUUUACGGUGCAGAAAGUGAACCUUCGAACGGCGGCAAGAUCGAAUUAAAUAAUGAUGCCGAUUUGAAAGCAUUUGAGAAUUUCGAUUUAAGCAAAAGUGGAUUUAUACCUACGAACGGAUGUAGGAUAAUGGCAGGUGAAUUUCCCGCAGGAAUUGAUAAACGAGAAGAUUUGCAUAGAACAUUAAGUGUGGAUAUCAUUAUUGUCGUUCAAGGUAAAAUCACUUGUCAUUUGGAUAGUGGAGAACAAAAACUAUUGGCGUUGGUGGGAUCUUGGUGCAGAGAGGUACUAUGCAUGCAUGGUCAAAUCCCAGUUCAACCGAACCGGCAAAGAUCGUUGGUAUCGUGUUGCCGUCAAAUCCGAUUGAAGGCGCAGCUGAAGGCAAUGUGCGAAGCUAAGAUCAGAGCAAACGGAAGCUUUAGAUGAUCAGCAGCCAGAACCAUGUAUUACAUCAUCUACUCUCCGCUGCUUCUUCGUAAUACAUGUGAACCGUGAAUUGAAAGCU